GUGACUUUACCGAAAGAACCAAGAAUAUUAAUUCCUGCAGUCGCGAAAGCUUUAAAUCAAAACUUAAUAGAGCAGUGAGCGGGCAGGAUGUAGGGGGCGGGGCCAGCGUGGAGUGGGCGUGGCCUGCGGAUGUGAGACGUCAUAAAUUUAGCACCCGCCCCCCACACGUGAUCAAGCUCAACGGUGACGGCAAGCAAUCAUCACGCGCGCGCUGCUCGUCCACGUUAUUGCUGGUUGACAAAACGGAAGCCUGUUGCUUGUCGAGGGCGGAUCAAGAGUUUUAAACAUGAAGCAAGGAUUAAUAAUGAGGCUUCUCCGGGCCUACCUAAGAUUCCCGCUUAGCACGGAACUGGAACCAAAGAAUGUGCACAUUGUUAAGACAUAUGUAAUUAUGGAGCAAUAUAUCGGCUGGGGGCUGCAUUUCGUACAGCGCGGAGAAUAUAUACAACUGGUUUCACUUACUCCUGGAAGUUAUGCUCAACGAAACGGAAUACUGCAGCCAGGAGAUGUGCUGUUCAAGGUGGGGAAGGCAAAAUUGCUUGGCUUCAGACUCUUACACAUCUCAUCCAUGGUGAACGCGAUAAAGACUGGUACUGCUAUACGCGUCACUGUGUACAGGAACUUCAUCCCACUGCUGGGGCAAUGCACCACCAAUACCACUGCUGCUGUUGCUGCUCCGGAUGCUGGCCAUGCGACCAGGGCAACAACGUGCUCGCGGUGCAGGGCGUCCCACUACCCGCUGGGGAAGGUGUCCCCACGGAAACUGUCCAUGCAGACCACUGGACCGUCUGCUCACAGCAAAGUGGUACUUCACGGGAACACCUGUGCAGACCAUAAUAAAAAGGAACAGUUUAAAAAAGACUUACAGGAGGAGCAGCAGCCACAUCAGCAAAAGCAGAAAAACAAGGAACAUGCUACCAUGACAGCCGUGAGCACCACCACCAAUGUCACUGCUGCUGCUCCGGAUAAUGGCCUCACCACCAGAGCAAGCACAUCCCCACAGGCCAGGGAGUCCCAUAACUCGCUGAUGAAGAUGUCCCCUGGGAAAGACUUGCAGGAGCAGCAGCAGCCGCAUCAGCUACAGCAGAAAAAAACAAUUCAGCUUGAAUUCAUGCGCGUUGGCUACGAGCGGACUGUGGAAAUUGACAUUCCAGAGUCCAUGGUGGGGUCAACUCAGGGACAGAAGAUGGAAAAGGAGGCGGUCACGGUGCAGUCCCGGAAGAAGGAAGUCCUCUCGGAGUGAGUAAAAGCAAGCACAGUGAAAAAUCUGCAGAUGCUUUGCCACUGCAGCUGAACAAACGCACAAUCAGCAGACACACGGCUAGCGGAGCGGGAUGCUAGCACGGCACAAUCAAGGGGCAGGUCGACGCCGCUGUCCAAACGGACGAGUUGGCCAUUGAUCCACCGUGGGAUGCCGUGAGCUGGGAGAACUCGGACAGCCGUUCCAGCAGCAGUGACAGGGACAUAAUGGUGCUGAGAGUGAGCUGGGAUUGACGUAUCUUUUGAAAGCAAGGCUGUGCUCACCUCAGCAGACACAGAGGCGAAUUUGAGACGUCAUGCCAGAAUGAGACCAACCCUCCUAUUGAGUUUUCAUCCCUAGCCCUUCGAGCGAGUGAUAAUGGUCUGGGUUUUCUCAGAGGAGAGAGAAAUUGGUGAAGAUCUGACAUGAUGGGCACAAUAACACCUUAAACCCUUGAUCAAAAGGGGGUGGUUGGUGAGCCAUGACAUUGCCAGAUACCCUGGAGAGUCAGGCCGCAGUGUAGGUGAAGUAAUGAGUGAUGAACACAACGCAGGGAUAAACAAUGGUUAAAGGGCUGCUGCAAAGUGUUUUGAGGAACAGAGGUCCACUUGCGUCAUGAUUACAGCUUGGGAAGACCUCCAGCUACAUAUGAAUAACAGUUGUGUACGGUUGUGGCAUGGUUGUUGUGGAGAGUGGAGGUUAUUGAGUGGUUGUAGCUAUGCUUCUUUGUUGUUAGAAUUGCGAUAGCCUUUCUCACAUGGUAAACAUAAUUUAUGGUAAACAUUAUUUAUUCCACUAUAAUCAACUAUGAUAAACUAAUAGUUGAUUACGACUAGCUACUUGCCCCUUAUUCUGCAUUCUAUUGCAGAGUUCAGCCUUUCGACAUUCUUGCCGCUUGUUGUUUCUUGUGUUCACAGCAAGGAAGAUGCCACCACGACUGCUGUGAGCGCCGCCAC